AUGGAUACCCCAUCGUUUACGCCACUUUACAUAUCGCACCAGGAAAGGGUGACCUUGGCCAAAACCUUGAUGUUUAUUGGAGACCUCUGUGUCGAGUCAUGUCUAUCCCUUGAUAGUCUCAAUGAUCUUCAGCUUGUUUUGCAAUAUGAGAACAUGAUCAUACAUACACAGGUCGAUGGAGAUCAGAGCUACCACUCGUGGAGAAGGAUGGGAGAUGUCAGCAGCAGUCUUUUUGCGCUCGGAUAUCAUCAAAUACCCGAUACCUCAACGGCUCCUCCAUUCAUUACACAGUUACGUCAGGCGGCCUUUGCACGAAUUUAUACCGCUGAUAAGAUGCUUGCAGUAUUUCUUGGUCGGCCACCCCGGAUAGCUCGUGAAUACUGCACCUCUGUGCUACCUUCGAAUGAUUCGAACUUAUGGCAGGACGACACGCCUACUACUAAUUUAAACGCCAAUUCGCAAAGUGUAUAUAAUGCCAGAGAGCCCUUUAACCAUAUGGCCGAUACCAGAUGCCGUGGGAGAUUUUCAUUUCUGAAGGAAGAUAUCCUAAUAUUCGCUCGGCGGAAACCUCCUUCAGACCUGGACAAUUCUAGUAGUGUUAGAGCAGCGCAAAUCUUUAAGAAGAUCGAAAAUGCUUGGGAUAUUCUACCUGAGCAUUUUAAGUUAACGCAGAGUCUUAAACUCAGUGACGCCGCCCCGUUCUCCAAUGACCUUCUUAUCGGAAUCCGUUUGGACUAUCUGCAUACUCUUUUCUUACUUCACCUUGCGUCCUCACGACAAUUAGAGUACCCAGGAAGAGACUUGUUAGCGAUAGCAGGGGAGAUGCUUUCUAGUGUCACUGAAGCAAUCAUGUUACGUGAUAGGCUUGUCAAUUCGGGUACAUCUCUGACAUGGAAGGUUGCUCAGUAUGGCUUACCCGCAGCCGGAAUUAUAUCUUUGUCUCUCCUGAACCUCCCAGCAUAUGACGACUGGGCUGGACAACGGACCAAGUGUAUUCAAGAUCUCAACAUCUUGGUUGCGAAACUCAAAGUUGGAGCUAUUGUCAGGGCAGGCGAGGCGAACUUUGCGCUCUUUAGUCGCGCAACAAGGACCAUGCAAAGCCUGCUCAACACUUUAGCCGAUGGUACUUCUUUCAGAACCCAGCAGACGCAAACUCAAGACUCCGAUAAUAGGAAUCUGGCUAGCGAUCUAAACUUAUUCGCUAAUCUUGAACCGUGGGAUUUCGAAGUUGACUUCUGGGCUAGUCUUGCGGACCACCCUGGAUUGAAUAUGCACAUAAACUAG